AUGUUUGAAACGACGUUCUUUUUGCUUGGCUUGCACGCAACCGUCGUUGGACGACGAAAUCGUUUUGUUCGUUCUUUGCUGAUUUUCGAAUAUGAUGUCAGAGGAAGUUUAAAACAGUGGACACCUUGUACGGCGGAGUUCAACAAUCUCGUACCGUGUAGUCGGCAGCUUAACUCACAUCAGCCAUCGAACAAUUUUGCACUUUGCCUGUGCCCUAGAACGUCUUGA